ACGUUUGUGCAUCACUUCUUUCGAGAAAGUUAAGUCUGUGUUCUGCUUAGGAGAGAUAACACUUUUUGUCCCUGUAGGUGGCCCCCCUGGUGUAGCCAUUAGUUGCUAAUUACUUGCAAACAGAUAAACAAUUAACUCCUUAAGCUGCUGGCUGGUUCAUUGACAUGCUAAAACUUUCUAAGACAGGAUUUUAAUUAGUGACGUUCUAAAUCCGGCCCCCUUGUCAGUGGAGCUAUAAGGUGAACUGCAGGAAGAUCCCAGCCCUGUACACGUGGGGCAGAGCCAGCAGAGGCCAGAGCUGUUGCUCUGUGCAACCCACGAGAGGAUGUCUCCCAGCCUUCAGGAAGGUGCUCGGCUUGGGGAAAGCAAACCUUCACCCUGCUCCUUUUCAAUUGAGAGCAUCUUAGGACCAGACCAGAAGAAAGACGGUGUUUCAUCAGUGAAACCCCACAGGCCCUGGAUAGACACCUGCAGCUCCUCAGGGAAAGAUGGUAACCUACGUCUACAUGUCCCAAGUCUUUACAAUGGGAUCUCGUUCCCUUGCAUGGUGGAUCACCCAAUGCCAGAAGAAAGAGCUUUGAAAUAUGAAAAUUACUUUUCAGCUUCAGAAAGACUAUCUUUGAAAAGAGAGUUGAGUUGGUAUAGAGGUCGAAGACCAAGAACUGCUUUUACUCAAAACCAGAUUGAAGUGUUGGAAAAUGUCUUUAGAGUAAAUUGCUAUCCUGGCAUUGAUAUCAGAGAAGACUUAGCUCGAAAAUUGAAUCUUGAGGAAGACAGAAUCCAGAUUUGGUUCCAAAAUCGGCGUGCAAAGCUGAAAAGGUCCCAUAGAGAAUCACAGUUUCUUAUGGCGAAAAAGAAUUUCAACACAAACCUUCUGGAAUAGAUAGAAAACUAAAACAUGAAAUUAUCUUCUGAUGCAGAGUAUGAAGAAUCAAUGGAAAAUCAGUUGUUUAAAAUGUGAUGUUUUCUUUCCUGCAUUUACUCUAAAUGUUGUCAUUUUUUCCAAAAAUAUAUUGUAAAUAAUUACUGUUAGAGCAUGGAACAUAUUAUAUGUGGGCACUUUUAGUUACAAUAAAGACCUUUCUUAUAUAUUUUAAUAAACAUUUUCAGAAAAGACAGCUAUUUUUUAAGUGAGCAAAGUUAAUCUAAUAAAUUAGGUGACUAAAAUCAGUAAACUUAAGAGUAAGUGAUUCCACAAGCUGGAUUCUAUUUACAAAGUAUGUCAAGUGAAAUAAUCUGAAGAA